GAACGACGUCGGUAUACGACACCAGACCUGAAACAACAAACCUCGAUUUACUGAGUUGAUUUUAAACCCUUUUUUCAGAGUUACUGUCACAUAAUCUGUUCAUAAGCGCUACUUAAAGAUUUAAAUACUCCUUAUGGGACAGACUUAAUUAUGGGGGAAGAUUUUAGGAAUACUCUGGAAGACUCAUUUGAGUCACUGAAAAAUGACAACGUUGAUAUAAGCAAGAAAAACGAGAUCCUUGCUUCUUUCAAUAAAGAGUUUCCUUUCUCUAGUGUCCAAAAUUUAGGCACGAUAUUCUCAUCAUGGAUACCAUUUUUGUUAGAGUUUGUACAGUCUUUUGAAGUUUCGUUCGAUUCCGAGUCUACGAAAAAUGAGAUAAAGAGAAAUACUCUAAGUGUAUUGCAGCAAUGCACCCACAAAGACGAAUUCCAACCAUAUGCCGAACUUUGUGUUACCCGAUUGAUUUGGUUUAUACGAUCAGAGAACGAUGAGAUUGCUAUUUUCUGUUUAAAGAUUAUCAUGGAUGUUUUCAAGUCUUUUAAAGGUUCUAUCCAUAGUUGUUCUCAAAGUUUUUUCGAUCUAGUCGUUUCAUUAGUCCGUAAACUCCCCUCCACAAUUCCUUUUUGCUUUCCCAAAAGCAGUACAAUGUCUUCAUCCGUUGAUGAACAUUCUCUCUUAUUUACUUCUGCUCCAGGUAGCUACUUGUACAAAGAGACACUUAACUUACACCAAGAAGUGAAUCAUCAGUCUAUCGGAGAGCGUAAUCUUCAGCCAGCACUUCAGAGCUUUCGUGUAUUUAUUGAGUGUCCUGUUGUAAUUGUGCUUAUUCUUCAAGUCCUCCGACAAUCUGCCACCUCAAAUGUACAAUUACUCCUUCCUUUCCUUCUGGACAUUCUUCAAAUUGAUGUGCCAAUAAUCGAUGACUUAUCAAUUAGGGUCGAGCAGGACAGUGGUUUUGAUUUUCUUAGAGCCGUAAAAAAUAAGAGCACUUAUAGGUCCGUCUUCAUGGCUCAAGUAAAAACGCUUUCAUUCGUCGCUUAUAUAUUGAGGACCUUUCCAGAGACGUUUACCAACAAGGAGGUAAUUCCAUUAAUUGUCGUCACCCUUCUCCGGAGAUGUCCACAUGACAUGUGUUUUGCUCGGAAAGAGUUGCUUGUUGCUAGUCGACAUAUACUUUCAACAAAUUUACGAAGAUUAUUUAUUUCAGUCUUAGAUUCCUUACUUGACCCGAAUAUACUCCUUGGAAAAGGUGUUGCUGCAAGGGAAUUAUUACGACCGCUUGCUUAUAGCACUCUAGCCGACUUACUCCAUCACAUACGCAACGAUAUCAGUAGCGAACAAAUUCGAAAAGCCAUUACUAUCUAUUCGCACAAUUUACAUGAUCCUAGUUUAAGUAUAGGCUUACAAACUAUGGGGGCUCGACUUGUUCUAAAUAUGAUCGAUCGCAUCAUAAGCCUUCCCAAUCCCACAGACUCAAUUUCACUUCUUUUCUUUAUAUUUGACGCAUUUAUAGAAAAAUUUCAUGAACUUAACUAUAAGUUGCAAGGCAGGUUUCAACAACAAAACGAAAAGGCUGUGCGGCGGAAAGAUGGCUCAGCAAAAUUUCACAUGGAUGAGCAAUUACCAUCUAUUAUAUCUAUGGAAAAAGAUGGUUCUUUUCUAUUUAAAAAUCUAAUGCUUGGAUUACGUGCCCUUAUGUAUGGGCUGCGCAUGUGCAAGACUCGUAGCUUCGAAGCUUCAAAUCUACACCUUAAUAACAUAGAGAAGCUGACCACUAUUCAGGAGACUCAUAUCUUUAAGAAACUUUUUGUUGAGGUCGCAAAAGGUCUUUCUUUUUUUCGACCCGACGAAGUUUAUUGGGAGAUGUAUUAUGCCGGUAACGAAGACAACCUUGAUAAGCCGUUAACAUCCACGCUCCCAAAGAAUAAAGAUGAGAAAGAUUGUUUGGAAGUAUUUGCAACAAUAUUCAUUCAUCUUGAUCCUCCUUUAUUCAUUGAAAUAUUUGAAUCGAAUUUACCCAUGUUCUUUGAACAGCUAAAAUUAAACCUUACCUUAUUUCACAUACCUCAGUUUCUUCUUUCAAACGAAAGUACAUCCCCUAGAUUUCUCAACGUUUUACUUCGCUUUCUACUUUCAAAGUUGGAAGAACUAGGUUCUGCCGACGAAAGACAUGGCUCUGUUAUACUACGGCUUUUUCGGUUAUCCUUUGUUACCGUUUCUUUAUUUGCUUCAAAAAACGAACCAGUUUUACGACCUUAUGUUUCUGAAAUAGUUAUAAAAUGCAUGAAAUUUGCUCCAAACUCUAAGAUUCCCUUAAACUACUAUCUGCUCCUACGCGCUCUAUUCAGAGGUAUUGGCGGAGGUCGAUUUGAUAGCUUAUACAAAGAGAUUAUGCCACUCUUGCAUGCCUUGCUGGAAGCCUUUAACUCCUUAUUGGCUUCAGCUAAAUCGCAGAAGGAAAGAGAUUUAUUCACCGAACUCUGUUUGACUGUUCCUGUUCGUCUUAGCCUUCUUCUACCAUACUUGAGUUACUUAAUGAAGCCAUUGGUUAACUCUUUGAAAAGCGGUCAAGAACUCGUAAAUCAAGGUUUACGGACAUUCGAACUGUUCUUAGAUAAUCUAACACCUGACUUUUUGGACCCAAUUAUGGCACCCGUUAUUGAUGAACUUAUGGAUGCUUUAUGGAGCCAUCUUCAACCUUUACCAUAUAGUCAUCAAUAUAGUCACAAUGCUCUCAAAAUUCUCGGCAAAUUAGGCGGAAGGAACCGUAAGCUUCUAAAAAAAAUCCAAAAAAUGAAAGUCACAUCAUCCUCUUUCAGAGAUUUUACUAUGCUAGUGGAUAUUAAAGGAACUGACCGGACGCAACUUUUACACUAUCUGAAUUAUGUGGAUCCCGCGGUCAAUAUUCUAACUAGACAAAAUCUUGAUCUUGAAAUUAAACGUCAAUCUUUUAAUUAUUUGACUACAAUUACGAAAAUCUUUUUUCAGCAAACAAGUGAUAUAGAUAAUAUAAGCUCACGAAUUAAAGCCAGUGCUCAGCAGCUACUAAGAUCAAAUAUUCCUUUUAAACGGCCUUAUUCAUUUGCUACUAAUCGAGGAACAAGUCGCGAUUUUAUCUGCAAAAUUGAUGAUGACUCAGUUGAAAAUACCGUGCUAUUUCAUGCUACUUAUGGCUUGUUUAUAGCUACCUCAAUCGAAGGCUUAACUGAUACCGCAUUAAGAAGUUUAAAAGCGCUCGCAGCAAAUAUUCUUGUUUAUGACCUGCUUUACGCUAUUGAUUUAUGCAAAGAUGGCAAUGACGAACUACCCUUAUAUUCUCAUAAGGAACCCGUUUUGAGCUCUUACUAUUUUUCUCAUUGCUUAGCGAAAGUAAUGUGCGAAGACGAUGAAAGGAUUAGAAACUCAGUAAGCCAUGUUUUGAACUUCAUGUUUGAAUUUGCUUCACUACUCUUUGCUGAUUCACAGCAUUCUUACAUUUUACCCAUUUUUGAGGUUUUGCUUUCUGAUUUUAGACAUAAUUGUUAUGAUUGUCAAUGGCAUCAUAAGUUUGGUGGUUGUCUUGGUCUCAAAUAUCUAAUAGAACAGAAAUGCUCGUCUGUAUGGUUGUUUGACAGACAAGCUGAUAUUUUAAGUGCAUUAUUUUUCACGCUCAAGGAUACUACACCUGAAGUACCUUCUAUCUGUAAAACUACGGUUAUGGAUGUAUUGAAAUGCCUGUUUGAAAAAAUUUACACUACUGAGGAUAUAAAAAUUGCUCCUGGGGUUUUAGGCCACUUAGUAUUGGAACUUUCGAAUCACAACUCAGUAGUGCGCAAUUCGACCCGAGAAUUGUUGUCCCUUCUUUCCUCGCUGUCUAAAAUCUCCAUUUCAGAACUCGUCUCCCCAUACAAGGAAAGGCUGUUGGGUCCGAUUUUUGCUAAGCCGUUACGUGCCCUUCCGUUCCAUAUACAAAUUGGUCAUAUAGAUGCUGUCUAUUAUUUCAUAAGUUUAGAGGGUCACUUAUUAUCUCUAAACGAAGAAGUAAUGCGAUUAAUUCACGAAACUAUUGCUCUUGCUGGUGCAGAUGACGAUGCGUUAAUAGGUCACAACAAAGCCUCACAUUUUAAGAAUGCGGCAUUCCUUGUUAGAUUAAGAGUUGUUUGUAUUAACCUUCUAGUUUCUAUAAUCAGUAAAUUUGAUUUAACACAAGGUCAACACGUUCACUUACGGGGAAAAAUAAUUUCAGUGUUCUUCAAGUCACUCUACGUUAAAUCUAACGAAGUUAUAGAAGCAGCAUUCACAGGGCUACAACAUGCUCUAAAAGAUGACCAGAAGCUCCCAAAGGAGUUAUUACAGACUGGGUUACGUCCAAUACUAUUUAAUAUAUCUGAUCACAAACGACUCACCGUUGCUGGCUUGGAAGGACUAGCUAGGUUACUUUCUCUUCUAACCAACUAUUUUAAGGUAGAGAUUGGAAGAAAACUGUUGGAUCAUUUAAUUGCACUACGAGACACUGUAAAUUUACGUGAGAUAUCGAAGAUGCCUUUAGCUUCUCAAACUGAAAUGAGGAUUAUCCAGGCUCUUAUUAACAUCUUUCACCUACUUCCCAAUAAUGCAAAUCAAUAUAUGCAAGAUUUAUUACAAUGUGUAUUAGAUAUUGAAAUGAAGCUCAAUCGUACUUGCCCUAAUUACUUCGGUAUUCCAUUAUUGAAGUACGUCAAUCGUUAUCCACGUGACGCUUGGGAGUUUUUCUAUGCCAGGAUUGAUGAUUCUGUGUGUAAUAAUUUUCUAAUCGAGUUGCUUCGAUUAGAGGAGUCUGAGAGUUUUCUGCUAGUAGUGAAAGAGAAUUGGAGCGUUUUUCGUUCAAUUCUAACUACAGAAGUACCUACUUCUAGCAAUACGAGAUAUUCUUUCGCGCUGGAAGUUUCUUGCGAAAUAUUCAAUAGAGACCCCUCAUUCUUUAAAGAAAAAAAUUCAUUCUUUAAAGGACUUACAAAUGCUGUUGAAAUAAUCGGCGAUUUAAUAAAUAAUGGUGGAACUAUCUCUUUUAUCACAUCCUGGGAAAGAGUCUUAAUCCAACUAUGCGAGUUUUUGUUGAAGAUAUACGAUCAUUGUAUAAAAGAAUUCGAUUCUGGUUUGGAUUUACUGGGAGCUUUUCAAAGUACUGAAUAUUAUUUAUCCAACACUCUCAUGAUUACUUUAACAAAGCAUCUUCAGAAUAGCCUUUCAGAUAAUUUUGAGAUGAAGUUGCGAAGUCUACUAUUUAACUUCCUCAGCGUGAAUAGCUCGUUGCAGCUAAAAAACACGCUUCUUAAUGAUGUUUUGUUGCAAUAUUUUCAUCAACACAAAGGAGAUAACGAAUCGUGUCAAGCUUGGUUUCACUCGCUUUAUAAACUUUAUCUCAAAGGUAUUUUCACGAAAAUUGGGACUUCUUACGACGACGGAGUCAGCAUGGGAACUUUACAGAUCAUCCUAUUCUUUUUAAAGAAUGAUUAUAAAGUUUUAGAGAACUAUAGACAAGAAUUAGUUUCUCUAUGUUGUGCUUUAGCAAAUUCUGAAGACCUUAUCAUAAAACAAUUAUCGCUUUAUUCCCUGUCUAUUUUUAGUUCUGUGUUUUCAUUCGCGGAUAACAUACCUAGCUUGGUUUAUAAAGCAUUACUUAAAAGUCCUCCAGUAGAGGUCAGACAUACCGUAAAAGUUUCCUUUGAUUAUAUAUUUUCUUCAAUGUCUUCGUCAAGUGAGUUAUCAAAUCGUAUGGUGGAGCUUCCUUUGCAAAUGAUGAAAAGUCAAAGCCAGAAUAUUUCGCAGCUACUAAAUGUACUUGACUUCUUAAGCUCACACGUCUCCUAUUUUUAUUCAUAUAGGUCGAAGUAUGUUUCUACCAUAAUUGAUUCUCUAUAUAAGCUGGGAGGAAUUCCGAAUCCGAAUUUGGAAAUUCGUUCACUAUCAUUGAACCUUGUUAAGAUGCUAGUAUCAUGGGAUCAAACGGAGAGAACUGAACAGAAAACAGAACUUUUUACAAAUAAUCAAAAACGUGCUAUAUUGAGUUUUUUGUUUCGAUUUAUUUGUUUGUAUUCUGAGUUGUAUACCGAAGGCUUAUGUCAGGAAGCCACCCUUGUGCUUGAACGUCUUUUUUCUUCCAAAGAAUGGUCUAAUCUUGGGAUGAAACUUACCUUCUUUACAAAAAGCAUAGCUCAUUUUGACUCAACUGAGUCAAACUCUAUAAUGUAUGCUAAUUCCUUAAAGACAUUAUCUGUGGUGAUAAAGACUGCGGAUGAUACGUGGAUCCUGGAAAACUUCAGUGACCUGAAGCUUCUAAUGGUGCAAUCAUUACAGAAUGAAAACUCCAUAGUUCAGCCAUCAUUAAGUAAUUUUGUUUCUUCUGUUCUUUCGCUACCAAUUGUACGUCCUUCCUUAAUAAAUGUACCAGGAAUUUCAGAAAUUUGGAGCACUAUUAGUGAAUGGACUGAAAGACGUUUACUUGCCGGUUCGCAACUUGACGUAGCUUUAUCUUGUUUGAGAUGCUGUCUUACAGGAAAAAAGGCCUCUGCAAAUUUGCUUGCCGCUUUUAUGCGUUCUUUUCAUAAGGUAACGAAGGAGGUGCUUUCGUUGGGAGCACAAGAAAUAUUAGCAACGUCUAUGAAUAUGCCACGAGAAUCUUUAAAAGAUGAAGCAAAUUCUAUCCUUUUAUCGAUGAUUGACUUAGGUUGUUCGCGCAUAAGUGAUUUAGAAGACCAACGAAGAUGGUUUCUCAGUGCGUUGGUUCAAAUUGUUGAAAAAUCGACGAAUGAACAGAUAUGUUCGUCAAUAUUCCGUGCAGUUUGUAGUUGGGUUACCAACUUCGAGAAUUCAGUUCCUACUUUAAAGGAAAAAGCUGCAUUAUUAUUGAAAAUGGUCUCAUUUGAAAACAGAUUUACGAGUGUAAAUAAUUCAACCCUUUUUUCGGACUAUCUUUAUUUCAUUCAUGAUGUUUUUCAAAUGAAGGAAUAUGAAGGAAGUGAGCUGCUUUAUCGACUUGAUGCAGUGUACUUAUUGGGUACCAGAAGUUCCGAUCCUAAAAUUCGGGAUUUGUUUAUAAGUACUUUAAGUACGAAUCUGCCUAAGGAUGUAUGUUCACGAUUCUGUAAACUUCUCGGAGAGCAUCACUGGGACUCUCUCUCUAAUACGUACUGGAUACCUCAACUGAAUUCUUUCCUAAUUGAUUGCUUCGAAUUCGAUAGAAUUUGCAUUUUUUUCAAUAAGCCUAAAAGAUUCCCGAAGCUUUCUUUGUAUUUGCCUUCGGAGUCUGCAAAAGCAGAACUUCAUUCCGAAGAUGAUAAACUUAAAUCUGCGCUCGUCACUUAUCAAGUGCUUUCCGAUGGUAUAAGCAAUAUUAAGCUUUCAGACAUUAUGAUUCCAGUAUCGAAGAUGCAAACUGUAGAUUCCAAAAUGGCUGGCGUCCUCUGGGAGGAUUUAUUUAAUGCUUCGUUUUCCAGCUUUACAUCUGAGCAAGUUGCUUUGGCUUCUAAAGCUGUGAUCUCGAUUCUUUCAAAAGAAUAUCAUAUAAGGUUACUUGGAAAGACUCCCAAUGUUUUGGAAACAUUCUUGAAUGCUAUAUUGCUUUCUGAUAAAUUUAUUGCUCUGCCACCUCAGUUAUUAUCCUUUUUAAGCAAAAACUUUGGCUUGCACCAUCAAUGCAUUCUUCUUUUGGAAAAUGCACUUCGCAAUACUCUUGGUUUUAGGGAUGACGAGUUAGUAGUUUAUAGAAAUUCCUGCUUAGACGCUCUAAGUGAGAUUUACUAUGGUUUAGAUGAGCAUGACUUAUAUAUUGGCUUAUGGAAACGACGUUCUCGCUUCCUGCAGACCGAAAUUGCUGCGUCUUACGAACAGUGCUACAAAUGGGAUAAAGCACAAAUGGUAUAUGAACAAGCACAAAUAAACACUUGUGCUGGUGCCAUACCCUAUUCUCCUCAAGAAAACGGGUUUUGGCAUGAUCAUUGGAUUAAAUCUGCUCAAAAGCUGAAUCAGUGGGAUGUCCUUUUGGAUCUAUCAAAACAAGAAGGAUGUGAUGAAUUAUAUGUAGAAAGUGCUUGGAGGAUUCUGGAUUGGAAAACCGAUCGUGAUAAAAUUGAAAAACAGGUCAAAAGUCUUUCACCGUUAGUGAGCCUAAGGCGACAUACGUCUGAUGCUCUUCUCUUUUUAACAAGCGGAGACUUGAAAACGAACUCUGUGAAUGAAUUUACAAAGAUCAUUCACGAAAGUAUGCAAUUCUCUUUACGCCGUUGGCAGCAAUUACCCAAGCGCAUUUUUCAGUCUCAUGCUCCUUUACUACAUCAUUUCCAGGAGCUUGCCGAAAUGCAGGAGGCCUAUAAUAUAUAUGUACAGCUUGAGAGUACUACUGCUGAGAAUUUAGAUAGCAAACUUCAAGAGAUAAAGGUUAUUUUGCAAAGUUGGAGGGAGCGCUUACCUAAUAUAUGGGAUGAUAUUGACUGUUGGAGUGAUCUAGUUUCUUGGAGAAAAAUUGUUUUCAAGGACAUUAAUAAUGUUUUCUUGCCUUUAGCUUCAGCUCUUCAGCAGGCACCGAACGGCACUUCGAACGGUAACUCGACAUCUUAUCUUUACCGAGGUUAUCAUGAAUUGGCAUGGAUAAUAAAUCGAUUCGCACAUGUUGCUCGAGUACAACACUUACCUGAAGUUUGUAUUAGUCAACUUACUAAAAUCUAUACAUUACCAAACAUAGAAAUACAAGAGGCUUUCCUGAAAUUACGGGAACAAGCAAAAUGUCAUUAUGAGUACCCUUCCGAAAUGCAUUUGGGUUUAGAAGUUAUUAAUAACACUAACCUUAUGUACUUCCGUAACCCUCAGAAGGCUGAAUUUUUUACGUUGAAAGGAAUGUUUCAAAAUAGCCUUGGAGAAUAUGAAGAGGCAAAUCAAGCAUUUGCAACAGCAGUUCAGAUUGAUCUAUCGCUUGGAAAGGCUUGGGCUGAAUGGGGUUUGUAUCAUGAUAACCUUUUCAGUGCUACACCCCAGGAUCCUUGGCACGCUUGUAAUGCCGUUAGCUGCUAUCUUCAGGCUGCAUCAUUAUAUCCAAGUUCAAAAGCUAAAAAGUAUCUAAGUCGACUUCUUUGGUUGCUUUCUACCGACGUCAAAGGUGGCAUAUCUGCUGUAAUCAACUCAUUUAAAUCAGAAAUUCCUGCAUGGAAUUGGAUUUCUUUUAUUCCUCAGUUAUUGGCUUCUUUGUCACGUAGCGAGGCAGCUCAUGCUAGAGCAAUUCUAAUAGUAAUUGCAAGAACAUACCCCCAGGCACUUCACUUUCAGCUUCGUACAGCUUACGAGGAUUAUACUUUUGCGAACAAACAGCAAGUAGCAGCAUCAACAGGUGCUGUUUCUACCUCAAACGGCUCUACUGAAAGCUCUGCAAUAGAAAAAGCCAAGGACGUCAAUAGCGGUACAUCUUUUUCAAGCUCACCAAGCUUGACUCCUGGAAAUGAGGGAUCUAUGAGCAGUGAAAUGAACGGAAAACAUAGUCACUCAGGUGCCCGUCUACCAUUUCAAAUUACUGGAGAUAUAAUGGCUAUUCUGAAAACUGCAUAUCCUUUAUUGGCUUUGACAAUGGAAACUAUGGUGGAUCAGAUCCAGUCUCGUCUUAAAUCUUUUCCGGACGAAGAUGCUUAUAGACUAAUAGUCGCUUUGUUGAAUGACGGUUUACAGUAUAUUACAAGACUUGGCGUCGUGACAAAGAGUACUCCUCAACUACCAAUGACGAAAGCUAAUAUUCAACGGUUUGCGGAAAAUGUUUUGCCAACAUCUGUUCGAGAAGCUUUCUUUAAAGAUUUUGUUGAGCAAGAUUUAACAUUGUUGGCUUAUGUGGAUAAGUUGCGUGUUUGGAAGAAGAGAUUUAUAGAAAUUUUAGAUCAACGUCCUAAGUAUCUUCAUUUGGAGCAAUGUAGCCUUUACUUGAGUGAAUUUCAGCAUCAAAAGUUUGAUGAGGUGGAGAUACCAGGUCAAUAUCUUCUAGAUCGUGACAACAAUAAUGAUUUUGUCCGACUAGAGAGGUUCGUUCCGAAUGUGGAUCUUAUAAGAGGACAUAAUAUUUGCUACAAACGACUUACGAUGAGGGGUUAUGAUGGCAUUCUAUAUCCUUUUGCUUUACAGUAUCCUGCUACUCGUCAUAGUAGACGGGAGGAACGUAUGCACCAACUUCUGCGUUCUAUCAAUUCGAUUUUGGAAAGAAAAAUUGAAGUUCAACGUCGAAAUAUUACCUUCAACGUACCUAUUUCAAUCCCAUUGUCUUCGCAUAUGCGCAUCUUGAGUGAUGAUGCCGCGAAUGUGACAGUCCAGCAAAUUAAUGACCGAUAUUGUGAAGAGCAUGGAAUGGCAUCCGAUCAUCCUAUCCGUUUCUUUUUUGAUAAGCUACAGUCUAACUUGAUUCAAUUAAAACACGGAAACAAAAUGCACUUUGAGGAUUCUUCCUUGGAGGAAAAGAAAAAGGUUUAUCGUCGACGUGCUCUAGCUUUAAGGAUGCAAAUUUUAGACACGAUUAAAGAUUCUCUUAUACCCGAGACGAUCUACUAUGGUUUUUUCAGUAAGGUCUACAAUAAUUAUUCGGAUUUUUGGUUCUUUAAACGUGCAUUUACUGUACAAUAUGCUUACUUUCUGAUGACUACCUAUAUGUUUAAUAUCGGAAGCCGAUUUCCUCAUAAGGUUAAUAUCAAUCGUAGCUCAGGAAGCAUAAGUUCCGCGGAUCUUUUACCUUUGAUGACUUCGAAUCAGCCUACGUUUAACAAUCCUGAAGCAGUACCUUUCCGUUUGACUCCCCCUAUUCAAUAUUUAAUUGGCGAUAUUGGGGUAGAAGGUUUACUUGUUGGUGUUCUCAUUAGCUUCGCACAAAGCUUCUUAAGCUCCGAUGCUGAUAUUAGACAACAUCUCAGUUUGUAUAUCCGUGAUGAAGUUUUGUGGUGGCACAAGCAACAAAAGAGAUCUUUACCACAGGGUUUACAACUAUUUGAGAUGGUGAGACUUAAUGUCGAAUUAUUAUCCAGAAGGGCGACUGUCAUAAGUCAAAACGUCCCUGAUAACCUGCCAAUAACACAGACACUGAUUGAUUUAAUAUCGCAAGCUACAAAUCCUAAGCAGCUUGCUCAGAUGGACCAGCUCUGGCAGGCGUGGUUAUAAAAAUAAUUUUUGAGUUAAUAAGACUUCAUGUCUAAAAAGGGAUUUAAUUAAAAGCAGAAAUAUGAAAAAUGAGUAUAUAACGACAUUUAAUGAAAAUUACAGGUGUUCAUCGGUUAAUAGUAUUAAUUAAGCCUUUGGGGUUUUUUUUCUUUUUCUUUUUCUCCUUUUUUUUUAUCAAAAAAAAAGAAAAC